AUGCACAAUCAGGCUGCGACGUUGGCAGGCUUCGCCGUCAUAGCAAGCCGGAGCUGGACGACCGCAUCGCCGCCUCUCCAAAGCAUCGGCGCCGGCUCUGCCACCGCUUUGCCUUUCCGCUCUGCUACGACGAUGGCAUCGACAUCUGCAGCUCACGCGCGCAAGAUGCCCCGCAAUCACUUCACGUCCAGUCGAACAUCGCGGCAGGACGAUGGCCAGCACCCAAAGCGCAAAGCCGCGACAAAGCAUGCGACCAAGAACUCGCUACGGAAGGUGGCAUUAGAUGCUCAGAGAUCGAGACUGGUGGUCCGAAGAAGUGGAAAGACACGAUAUGUCCAUCCGGAAGCAGACACCAAAGAUGUGACAGCAUACUGCGCAGCAGAAACAUACAACCUGAGCAGGGCGAGGUGGGAGCUGCAGCGAGAAGGACAUGCGCCAGACCCAUGCGGGACACGCCUCUUCCCUCAGGUCUUGCACUUCCAAACGCAGAACUCUGUUGUCAAAGAGCAAGACAGCGGCGGAGAGAGACCACAAGGUGCGGGCGAUGUAUUCGUCUUUCCUAGUGGAUGUGUCGUGACUUGGAAUGUCCCGGAACUGCUCGCACGAAAGAUUGUGACGAGAUACCUGCCAGUCGCCGCUGGUGACACAGGACACCUCGACAAGAUGGAGAUUGAAGAUCUAGAGUAUAUCGAGGACGAGUCCAAAGAAAGCAGCCGCAUCAUCGGGGACACGAUCAUAUUGGGCACCAAACCUAGUGACCACUACAACCUCGACAGCAGCCCAGAAAGUGCCAUUCUCGACAACGACGAAUCCCGCACCCCCGAAGUCGACACAAUCCUCGCCAAAAUCGCCUUCUCCUCCGCCCUAGCCCGCUCCACCAAACUCGCCGUCCUCGAAAACAGCCUCUCCCACUACUUCUCCACCACCCGCAACAUCCCCCUAACCCUCGCAUCCGGCAAGAAACUCAAGAUAAACCGCUCGCAAAUCCUCCAAAAGACCGGCGAGCUCCUCCUCAUACGCGCGCAGCUCAACCUAUACUCCGAACUUACGGACAGCUUACCGGAUCUCUUCUGGGACAGUCCCCACGAGCUAGGCCUGGAGGGGUACUAUGAAAUGGUCGGACGUGCACUGGACGUGGGCGUGAGGAUUAAAGUGUUGAAUGAGAAGAUGGAUUAUGCCAGUGAGAUUGCUGGAGUUUUGAGUCAGAGGCUUAGUGAGAAGCAUUCGAGUAUGUUGGAGUGGACGAUUAUUUUGCUGAUUUGUAUCGAGGUCGGGUUUGGGAUUGUGCAUUUGUCGAGGGAGAGUAAGAUGAUGGAUGAGAUGGACGAGGAGAAGAGGACGAGGGAGUUGUUGCAGGUCUGGCUGCAGAGGGAGGUGAAGGGGAAGGAGGUGUAG